AGCAUAAAUAAAAAUAAAAACGGACGAAAUUCACACUCGUCUCUCUCUGUCUAACGUAGUUCUGUGCACGUUUCAUUUGUCUCCGAAAAACAUGAAAACAUUCCAAUGAACAAAAAUUUCAUGCCAAAAUCUCACACAAAAAAUCGAAAAAGCACCUACUUUUCCAAAAAAAAUCUAAGGAAAACUCCCUUUUUGAAACCUUUGCAAAUUUCUUAGACUUUCCCUGUAUUAAUAUUGUUGCAAAGGCACCAAAAGGGUGGUGGGUUCCGUUUAUUCAUUUUGCAGCCUAAAAUAUUAUAUCUAUUUAUACAAACAUAAUAUCCAAUUUUAUUAUGUGUAAAAGAUAGAUUAAUCUUCGUGUAGGUUACUCUGUUUCUAUCUACAAAAUUGAGGCCACAGGGCUUUGUUAUUUGUUUGUGGGGCAUAUUCUUGAAUGAUAGCAUAUCAGAUGAAAUGAAAAACGCCAAAAUAUGGGAUUGGAAGAUUGAUUUUACAAUCAAUGGGCAUGAGAAGGAUCAGCUCUGUAUUUAUUUUUGUUGUUUUUGUUUGUUUUUGGCCAGCCCCUAGUUCACAAGCGAAUCAAAAGCUUCAACAGAUAGAUGAAGAUACGGCUGAGCAAAUAUGGAUUCAUUGCAUGGAAGGAUUAUACAAGAAUACAGAAAGUGCAAGCUUUCUGGAUUUGUCUAUUUAUCAGGCAGCAACAGGAACUUAUAUUUUCUCAAAAUCAGAUAUACCUUUGUUGAGAAAAAGAAUCUUACAGGAGGCUAUUAGUGAUCUGCCUCCUGAAGCAAAGAAGAUCCUUGGGGGGUGCUUAAAAAGGAAAAGUCUUCCUCUUCAUGGUUCAGGCCGUCAGGCUGCAUUCAUUUCUUGGUUCGUCAAGUACCAAAAGCUUUUAUCGCAAUGGUCGUCCAGUGUUACUAGAAGGCACCUAAGAGAAAGAGAGAUUAAAGAUAAGCUAAUACAUGAUCUUGCAGCUCCAAUCCUUGCUCCAUCUCCAGGCCAUGCAGCAGUAUCACCAAUUCAUGCUCCAGUGCCUUCUUUUGAAGGGCCCACGAAACCUCCUGCAAAGGCUCCAACACCUCAGUCUCCUGUCAAUCCUCCAGCAAAGGCUCCAACACCUCCUACUCAUGCCAACUCUUCUAAACCUUUGCCUGUCAUUCCGCCUCCUGCUAAACCAAAAAAUACUGGAACUAAUUCUUCAGAAAAUAAUAAUCAGAACAGGACUUAUAUUAUUGCUGCUGUUUCUGGAGGUGUCGUGCUAGGAAUUGCCCUUUUAGCUUUGUUAUUAAUACUAUGUCUUACAAAAAGUAAAAAGAAAGAAACAAGUCCACAACAUAGGAAAAGAGAUGAGAAACCUCUUCUUAACCUUUGUUCAGAUUCUUCUCAGAAGUCUUCAAACAUAGGAAGUUCAGCCAAGAAAGAUUUCAAGAGUUCUUCUACUGUAAAUAAUCUUUUGGUGGCAGCUGGUUCUCAUAAUUCUUCAGAGGCAGAAGCUAAGACAGAUGCACCUGUAAAUGCAUUACCACUUCCUCCAGGAAAAUCUGUACCUCCAACCCCUAAACCACCACCUCCUCCUCCUCCUAAACCACCAGCUCCAAAACCGCCUCCACCUCCAAUGGCUGCUUGCCCUCCUCCUAAUCCACCAAAGCCUGGAAAGCCAGCAAAUCGUUUACCCCUUGGAGUACAUCGGAGGCGACAUUCUUCUGGUGGUGAGCAUACUGAACCAUCUGAUGAUUCUGAUGCUCCGAAGGCAAAAUUAAAGCCAUUUUUCUGGGACAAGGUUCUUGCUAAUCCUGAUCACUCAAUGGUUUGGCACGACAUCAAAGCCGGCUCAUUCCAGUUUAAUGAGGAGAUGAUGGAAUCAUUAUUUGGUUAUAACGCAGCAAAUGCAGGCAAAAAUGAUGGCACGAAAUCUUCUGCGUCUUUUGAAGCUACCCCACAUUAUAUUCAGAUAAUUGAUGCUAAGAAAUCACAAAAUUUAGCAAUUAUUCUUAAAGCCUUAAAUGUGCCGACAGAAGAAGUUUGUAACGCUCUCAAGGAGGGUAAUAAACUGUCUCCUGAACUUAUUCAAGCUUUAUCAAAGUUGGCACCAACAACAGAUGAAGAACUCAAACUUCGAUUAUAUUGCGGGGAAAUUUCUCAGCUUGGUCCUGCUGAAAGGUUUCUCAAAUCCCUGGUUGAAAUUCCCUUUGCCUUCAAACGGAUGGAAGCCUUGUUGCUCAUGAGUUGUCUUCAGGAAGAUGUUUUUUCUAUUAAAGAGUCAUUUGAAACUCUGGAGGUGGCAUGCCAGGAGCUGAGAAAGAGCAGACUCUUCCUGAAACUUCUAGAAGCAGUUCUUAAAACUGGAAACCGCAUGAACGAUGGCACUUACCGUGGUGGCGCACAGGCAUUCAAGCUUGAUACGCUGUUGAAACUCUCUGAUGUUAAAGGAACUGAUGGCAAAACCACACUUCUGAACUUUGUCGUUCAGGAAAUUAUCCGAUCAGAAGGAUUAAGAGCAGCACGCAAGUUAAGGGAGAGCGAAAGCUUGCCAAGUAUAGCACUAGAAGAUAUUGUCGAGGAUGCUUCUCGGGACUCAGUUGAUGACCACCGUAACCUUGGUCUCCAGGUGGUUUCUGGUCUAAGCAAUGAGCUUGAGAAUGUAAGAAAAGCAGCACUUAUAGAUGGUGAGAAUUUAAGUGCAUCUGUCUCCAAACUUGGCAAGUCACUAAUGAAAACCAAAAGGUUCCUGGACACUGACAUGAAAAGUUUGGCGGAAGAGAGUAAGUUCCGUGAUACACUCAUGAAUUUUAUGCAACACACAGACGAUGAGAUCAAGUGGAUACAAGAAGAAGACAAAAGGAUAAUGGCUUUGGUGAAGAGUACAGGAGACUACUUCCAUGGAACUGCAGGAAAGGACGAAGGCUUGCGACUCUUCAUCAUUGUUCGUGAUUUCUUAAUUAUGUUGGACAAGUCAUGUACAUCGUUGAGAAAAUCAACCAAGCUGCCGGUAAACACCCCUAAAAAAGGAGCACUAACUGUAUCACCUUCCCAGGAAUCCCAUUCAGAUUCUCUGCCAGAUGUUCAUCAACGACUAUUUCCUGCAAUCUAGGAGCGACGGAUGGAUGAUGAUUUUAGUUCAGGUGAUGAGAGUCCAUCCCAAUAGCUAUUGGUUCAGAACGGAUGAACUAAGACGCUCUUUUUUUUUCGAUGCUCUUCAGAAAAUAUAUACUUCUUGUUUUGUAGUCACCCAUUUUUCAUAAAUAUACAAUCAAUGCUUUCGGCCCUGUGAAAUGGCAAAAGUUACAGAAUUCUUUUCUAUAUAUCAAUCAAUCAACUAUAUAUGGUCAACCCCAAAUACUAAAGUCUCUUCUCCA